AUGGCACCAGUGUUAAAUAUAUUGCGGACUUGUGGUUUAAUAUAUUACCUAAUUUUGAAUGUGCGCGCUGUUGAAAAUAAUAAAAGUGAACCAUGGAUACAUGAGUUAGAAGUGUUAACAAAAAAUUGUUCUGAAAAUGUAUGUAAAUAUUUACUAAAAGUGAAAGGGGGUGAGUUUCUCGGUCAUUAUUCGUGGAGAUUAACCCCCGUGGGUGGUGCUAGAGGUGGUAAUUGUGACGUGAUUUUCCCAAAUUACGAAUUACGGGAAUUGGAAACAUCACGGUUGUAUACUGUGGUAAAUAUAACAGUACCUGAUGAAAGUGGCAAAAUAUAUUUCUGUUUACAUUAUUAUGAAGAGAAAAAUAGUCCAUUCGGUGGCAGGUGGGCUCACCAAGGUGAUGCCAUAUAUUUGGACGCUAAGAACGUUGAUAGCGCACGGAAUAAACAAGAAAUAAAGCAAAACCAACAAAUCAACAAUGGAGCGCAAUGGAGUGAUCUGUCUCACGAUACAGACAUUAAUUACCUCAAUCCAAUACAUAAACCUACAAAGACUGCACUAGGGAAUGUUAAAACAAAAACAAAUUUACAUAUAAGUGAUAAUAAUAAGAAUCUCGAUGAUACAUUAGAUAAACUAAAUAGUAUAGACAAACAAACUGACAAAUUAGUUGAUAGAAGUAAACGGAGUGUAAUUAAUAAUAUAUUUGAAAGUGAAGAUAAUAAUAAUGUUAAGAAACACGAAUUAGAUAAUCUAAUAAGAGCUGAUAUAAAUUUAGAUAAAGAAUAUAAUAGUAAACUUUUUGAUACAUACAUAGCUAUAGAUAAAAUAAUACAUAAAGAUACAACAGUAGUACAUAAACGUAGGAAACACAAUUCGAAUGGUACAAAUUUUGUUACAAAUAUUGAUGAUAAUAAUGUAUUAAAUAAUAAUAGACAAACAAAAGGAAUUGAUAAAGAUUUUAUUGAAAACGUUAAUGAUAAAGAUGUAGUUAAUGUAAAUGUACCACGUGUACAAAGACAAGCUAUGUAUCCGGAAGCAGUUGAAUUUACUAAUGUAAGAGCUGCUCCAAUGGUUAUUAAUGUGGAUGGUUUGAGGAUUGAGGAUUCGGAGAAGGAGCCUAAAAUUACAGAAGAUGGUCUUCCAAGUGUACUGGCUGAUACUGGAGUUACGCUGAGAUUAUUCGGCGAGGGAUUUACCUCCAGGACUGUGAUAGCGUUCACCAACUACGAACAGGAGUACGGGCAGCAGUGUAAAUUCAUACUCAAAGGUGAAUAUGUGGCGAAAGAAGGCACGGUCACAACAAAAUCGGCACUUUUCGAGAUCUCAGCGCCACCUCCGAUCAGCGGCUCCAAAUUGUACUUAUGCAUAAAAAAUUUAAAGCCAGGAGUUAUUGACAUAUCCAAUGACGAAGAUAAAUAUAUACAUCAAGGGACAGACCCUUGGAAGAUCUUGGCGACUCACAACAAGUUGCUUCCACUAUGGGCCACGUUCAUCUUGAUAUUGAUAUGCCUGAUGUUCUCAGCUCUUUUCUCUGGUCUAAACCUGGGUCUAAUGUCGUUGGACCGUACAGAAUUGAAGAUCAUAUCGAAUACAGGCACAGAGCAGGAGAGGAAGUACGCGAGAGCUAUAAUGCCAGUCAGAGAUCACGGGAAUUAUCUACUUUGCAGCAUUCUGUUGGGAAAUGUGGCGGUGAAUUCGACGUUUACGAUACUUUUGGACGAGUUGACGUCUGGACUUUUUGCCGUGAUAUUUUCGACGUUGGCUAUCGUGUUGUUGGGCGAGAUUACACCCCAGGCCAUAUGCUCCCGGCAUGGAUUGAUGGUGGGAGCCAAGAGUAUUAUGAUUACCAAGGCGGUGAUGGCUCUGACGGCACCCAUGGCGUUCCCAGUCAGCAAACUCCUGGACUACUUCCUGGGUGAGGAGAUCGGGAGUGUUUACAACAGGGAAAGGCUUAAAGAACUCGUUAAGGUUACAACGGACGUGAACGAUCUGGAUAAAGACGAGGUGAACAUCAUAUCAGGAGCGCUGGAACUGAGGAAGAAGACUGUGUCCGACGUGAUGACGAAGUUGGAAGACGUGUUCAUGCUGCCAAUCACCUCUAUACUGGAUUUUGAGACGAUGUCGGAAAUCAUCAAGUCAGGUUAUUCCCGCAUCCCGGUUUACGAGGGCACCCGCGGAAACAUAGUGACGGUGCUGUUCAUCAAGGACCUGGCGUUCGUUGACCCCGACGACAACACUCCCCUGCGGACACUCUGCCAGUACUACCAGAACCCCUGCAACUUUGUCUUCGAAGAUGUCACGCUGGACGUGAUGUUCAAGCAGUUUAAGGAUGGUCACAAGGGUCAUAUGGCGUUCGUCCACCGUAUCAACAACGAGGGUGAAGGGGAUCCGUUCUACGAGACGAUGGGGCUCGUCACACUCGAGGACGUCAUAGAAGAAAUGAUACAGGCGGAGAUCGUCGAUGAGACCGACGUGUUCAUGGACAACCGGACGAAGAGACGCCGCAACCGCCCCCAGAACAAGUUGCAGGACUUCGCUGCUUUCGCGGAGCGCCACGAGAACCAACGUAUACACAUAUCGCCUCAACUCACGCUCGCCACGUUCCAGUUCUUGAGUACCAGCGUGGACGCGUUCAGGCCUGACACUGUCUCGGAGACUGUCCUCCGUCGUCUGCUGCGUCAGGAUGUGAUACACUACAUUAAGCUGAAGGGGAAGACCAAGAAGGACCCGAGCACGUAUGUGUUCCAACAGGGCAAGCCGGUGGACUACUUCGUGCUGAUCCUGGAGGGCCGCGUGGAGGUGACGGUCGGUCGGGAGAACCUCGUCUUUGAAGCUGGACCCUUCACGUACUUCGGCGUGCAAGCGCUCACGCAGAAUAUUGGCGUUGCUGAGUCCCCGACCCCGUCGGCCAUGGGUUCCCUGCAGAAUAUAAACAUGGACUCCAUGUUACGUCACACGUUCGUGCCUGACUACUCGGUGCGUGCCAUCGCGGAGUUACACUACCUCACUGUCAAACGGUCUCUGUACCUGGCUGCAAAGCGAGCCACGCUGAUGGAGAAGGGGGCGCUGUCCAAGGGUGCCACCAACGAGCAGUUCGAUACAGAAGUAGACAAGUUACUGCAAUCUGUAGACGAAGAUAUCAGUAUAAGUGGAGAACACAAGACACCGUCCAGACAGGUGUCCCCCAACCCCCUGCCAGUGUCAGCGUCCCCCCACACGCGGGCUUCGUUCGUCUCCCGCGCCUCCCCCGAACCCCGCAAUGGAGAUCUGUACCCCGGAGCGAGAGCCGACGAGCAAGAGAAACUGUUGAAAUAGUGACCGCCACCAUCCGUAAGGAUAAAUUAGAACCAAGUUCUAAAUUUAAAAGGACGCAAGUUCGAAAUUUAAACGAACCAUAUUCGAAAUUUAUAAAUUACUGAUCACCGCCAUAUAUGAGAUUAAAUUAAAAGUAUGUUCCAAAUUCAAAAGUUAUCCCCAAUUGUGGGUUAGUGUUGAAACUGUAUUCUAAAUUGAAAAUUCAUUGCUGCCAUAUAUACAUACAUCUUAUUGUAUAUAAAUUAUGAAAUUGUUCCAAAAUCAAAAUGAUCGCUUCCGUAUUUAUACUUGAAUCAUGUUCGAAAUUCAAAUUAUAGCUUCCAUAUACU